GUCUCCGAGACAAAGCGCCACAUUCGAGAGACAGCACCAGAUCCCGAAUCUAGAUCAACUAGUUGGACGAACGCGUGAACCGAGCGUCAAGUGCCUAUAACCACCUCCUUCCUCACAUAUCCUUUGGUCUUGCGAUAUCCUCGACAGGAGCCAUGGACAUCAAACAAAUCGUGAAUUCUAAAGGCCCAAAAGGUGCAGCGGCCGCAGCCGCAGCCGCAGCCGCAAAUGGAGUGGCUCAAGAUAUGCAUCUACUGCAUUCCAUUUCUCAAGCCAACGGCUUCCCUAUGUCGGAGACCGGUUCAGAGCGAGGUAAUUCGCCGCAUGAUUCCGAGCACUCAAGGUACUCAGCUCCGAGGCUUGUUGGUCAAAUGAACGGGAUGAACGGAGCACCAAAUAUGCGCUACCCUUCGCCAACCGUCAUGCAGAACCCUUUGCCAAUGUUACAGCAACCCUACCGGCCCGAAAAUGCUUUCGACAAUGCUGCGAUGCAGCAGGAUGGUAACCGAGGACCCGUACGUCAGGGACCAGGAGAUGGCGUGGUUCAGAAGGCCUUUCCAUGCAGCACAUGUGGCAAGGGAUUUGCGCGAAGAAGUGAUCUUGCACGACAUGAGCGGAUACACAGUGGUGUUAGGCCUCAUGUCUGUGAUCAUCCUGGCUGCCAUAAGCAAUUCAUACAACGGUCGGCAUUGACUGUUCACCAACGAGUUCAUACGGGAGAGAAGCCCCAUAUGUGCGAACGUUGUGGCAAGCCUUUCAGUGAUUCGAGUUCUCUUGCAAGACAUCGAAGGAUACAUUCCGGCAAACGACCGUAUAAAUGCCCUUACGCAGACUGCCAGAAGACCUUUACUCGUCGUACCACCCUGACCCGUCACCAGAAUCAUCAUACUGGCACUGUAGAAGAAGCCGCAGCAGCGACUGCAGCAGCUCUAGCCACGAGAGGCAGUAGUAACCGUGGGGGGCGGCAACGCUCAGAAGGCGAGCAGUACUCGAAUAAUGGCUCGCCAAUAUCGACACCUUCACCAGCUCAGAGAAAUAUGUCUGCAUCGCCAAAUUCGGAACUUGCACCGAUGAAUAACAUGCAUCGCCAUCCUGGUGAAUAUCCUUACCUGAACAACAGUCCCUUACCAGGCCAUCUUCGAGGCGAAUACCAUGCCGCGAACCAGCCACAACCCGCAACAACCGCCUUUUCGAAUGGCAUGCGACCGACGUCACAUCCUACCGGCUAUGGCCCCCCCUCUAUCCUCGAACCACCUGCGAAUAUGGAGCAGAGACAGCCAGGAAGUGCAAAUGGAAGCCCUCAUAUGGGCAGUGUUGGGUGGCAAUCUCCCUCACAUAAUAAUAUGCCUUCCCCGUCACAAAGCAAUGGUUAUGUCUACCCAGAUCCUGAUCCUUAUGGCUCAGCUGUCGGACAUAUGUUCUACCCGAACUCCAACAUCAGGAGACCUCAAAGUACGGAACCCGACGGAUAUGAGAUGAAGCCAAGGAUGAACGAGAUGUGGCAGGCGGCUCAAUAAAUUAAUUUGAUACUGAUCUUUUACACGCUGAUCUGCGUUUCUUUGUCGCAUCGACAUAUUGCUCAGAUUACCUCUUACUCUUUUACAAACUGUUGUUGAUACCCUGUAUACUUCGCGUUAUUACUGCUUA